AACUUGCGUAGCCGAGCUGUGACUCGGACCAGCAGCAGCAGCAGCAGCAGCAGUCAGUCAGUCAGUCAGUCAGUGAGUGAGUGAGUGAGCAGCGCGGUCGGCCGCCGCAUGGCUUCUGUGUGAAGAAAACUUCCUUCAGCAACAAGUGGAGACGCAGCGCAGACGCUCCGGCAACUUGGACGGACCUACGGGGAAGAGAAGCCGCAGCUCCUUCUAUGAAUCCGGGACCUGUGCUCCGCUAGGCAGGCUGCUGUUUCGCCUCCCCCUUUCCCUCCCUUCGUUCGUGCAUGUUCAAAUCCGAGUGGAGCUCUGGUGCCGUGGGUCGGCCGGACGACUAGUACAACCGAGUGGAAAACAGCAGUCCGGAGGCAUGACUCUGAGACGCGGCUCCGCGGUCGCUGCCUUCGUCCUGCUCUGCGUUCUUGUGGAGGUGUCGCAGGGGACGGGGCAGUUCGAGCUGCAGAUCCUGUCGAUGCGCAACGCCAACGGAGAGCUGCACAGCGGCGUGUGCUGCGAGGGCGGACGGAGCGCCGCGGACCGAAAGUGCGCCGGGAGCGAGUGCGACACGUUUUUCAAAGUUUGUCUGAAGGAAUAUCAGUCCAGGGUCUCCGCCGCGGGGCCCUGCAGCUUCGGAAUGGGAACUACGCCGGUGCUCGGAGGGAAUACGUUUUCUUUCAGGAGCCCCGUGAGGAAUGACAAGUCCAGGAUAGUUUUGCCCUUCAGCUUCGCCUGGCCGAGGUCCUACACUUUGAUAGUGGAGGCCUGGGACUUCAACAAUGAAACCAGCGGUUCUGACGGGAAGCUGAUCGAGAAGUCCUCUUACUCGGGCAUGAUCAACCCGAGCCCCCACUGGCAGAAGCUGAGUCACAACGGCCCCGUCGGCCAGUUCGAGUACCAGAUCCGGGUCAGCUGCGACGAGCACUACUACGGCUUCGGCUGCAACAAGUUCUGCCGGCCCAGAGACGAGUUCUUUGGGCAUUACACGUGCGACUACAACGGAAACAAGACCUGCCUGGAAGGCUGGUCCGGACCUGACUGCAACACAGCCAUUUGCCGACAAGGCUGCAGCACUGAACACGGAUCGUGUAAGGAGCCAGGUGAAUGCAAGUGUCUGUACGGAUGGCAGGGCCUGUACUGCGACAAAUGCAUCCCGCACCCUGGCUGUGUGCACGGCACCUGCCUGGAGCCGUGGCAGUGUUUGUGCGACCUCAACUGGGGCGGCCACCUUUGUGACAAAGACCUGAACUACUGCGGCACUCACCAGCCGUGCUUGAACGGCGGCACCUGCAGCAACACAGGGCCUGAUAAGUACCAGUGUACCUGCGCCGAGGGCUACUCUGGAGCCAACUGUGAGAGAGCCGAACACGCCUGCCUCUCCAACCCGUGCUCUAACGGAGGGAGCUGCUCAGAAACCGCUCAAGGCUACGAGUGUCAGUGUGCGCCAGGCUGGAGCGGCCCGUCCUGCACCUUCAAUGUUGACGACUGCUCCCCGAACCCCUGUCGUCACGGCGGCACCUGCCAGGACCAGGUGAACGGCUACAAGUGUCACUGCCCUCCACAGUGGAUGGGGAAGACGUGCCUAAUAGAUGCCAACGAAUGCGACAGCAAGCCCUGCGUCAACGCUAACUCCUGCCGCAACCUGAUUGGCGAUUACUUCUGCGAGUGCCUCCCUGGUUGGACGGGACAGAACUGCGACACCAAUAUAAACGACUGCAAGGAUCAGUGCCAGAAUGGAGGAACCUGCAAGGACCUGGUGAACGGGUACCGCUGCACGUGUGCCCCGGGCUUCGCCGGCGAGCACUGCGAGAGGGACAUCGACGAAUGCGCCAGCUCGCCGUGCCUCAACGGCGGCCGCUGUCAGGACGCGGUGAACGGCUUCCAGUGCCUGUGUCUGACCGGCUUCUCCGGGAAUCUGUGCCAGCUGGACAUAGAUUACUGCUCCCCCAACCCGUGCCAGAACGGCGCGUCCUGCUUCAACCGGGCCACAGACUACGUGUGCGCGUGCCCAGAGGACUACGAGGGCAAAAACUGCUCCCACCUCAAAGACCACUGCCGCACCACCAAGUGUAAAGUGAUUGACAGCUGCACAGUGGCCGUGGCAUCUAACAGCACGCCAGGAGGAGAGCGCUACAUUUCGUCAAAUGUGUGCGGACCUCACGGCCGCUGCCAGAGCCAGGCAGGGGGUCAGUUCAGCUGCGAGUGCCAGGAGGGCUUCAGGGGCACCUACUGCCACGAGAACAUAAACGACUGCGAGAGCAACCCGUGUCACAACGGAGGCACGUGCAUCGACAAGGUCAGCGUCUACCAGUGCAUCUGCGCCGACGGCUGGGAGGGCGACCACUGCGAGAUCAACAUCGAUGACUGCAGCACCAACCCCUGUCACAAUGGAGGGACGUGUCGAGACCUGGUGUCUGAUUUCUUCUGCGAGUGCAAAAACGGCUGGAAAGGAAAAACCUGCCGCUCACGUGAGAGCCAGUGUGAUGAAGCUACGUGCAACAAUGGAGGCACCUGCCACGAUGAGGGCGACACAUUCCAGUGCAACUGCUCCCCGGGAUGGGAGGGCACGACGUGCAACAUAGCCAAAAACUCAAGCUGCCUGCCUAACCCGUGUGAGAACGGCGGUACCUGCGUGGUGAAGGGGGAUUCCUUCACCUGCGUCUGCAAGGAGGGCUGGGAGGGUCCCACCUGCACUCAGAAUACCAACGACUGCAGUCCCCACCCAUGCUACAACAGUGGGACCUGUGUAGAUGGGGAUAACUGGUACCGCUGCGAGUGCGCCCCAGGUUUCGCCGGUCCAGACUGUCGCAUCA